CAAGUACAGGAUACACCCAUUCUGUCAAGACUAAAUCUACCUGUCAGUCAAACAAUUUAUAAUUUAAAAAUGACAAACCCGAUUUUAUAGUUGUCACAAGGUGUCGCUAAACACACAGCACACUGGCUUUGUUAAAAAAAAUCUCAAACCUAUCCAAUUUGUGAAUGUUUAAAUCAUCUCAAAUAUAAAGCUCAGGCUGGACUUACUUGCUUCAUCACAUAUAGUUUUGACUGUAUUACAUUUACUUGUAGAAUAUAAUCUGGUUGUUUGAUUUAUUGUAGUGUGGUGUUUAUAUUAAAUAACAAACACAAAAAGUUUAUUCUGUGGAGUCCAGCCAGCUUCUAUGCAUGUAACAGUUAUUUUAAAUAACCAAAUGUGUAAUUAGUUGGAUUGUUUAUAGUUUAUUGAAAACACAAUGACAUAUGAUCCCAAAUUUUAAUGGUUUCCAUUUAUGGAUACCAUGUAAACCAGUACCAGAUUACCACUUAAACAAGGACAAAAUUUAAAUUUUGUGUAGUGUGUUUUGGGUCUUACUGUAGGAAUGUAGUUUUUACUUAAGUCUUAUAAUAAAUACUACACAGUAGUUUUUUAAAGUAUAUUAAAGUGUGUUUAUUAUGUGGGUAUAGAAAAACAACGGUUAAGUUAAAAGAUUUUGGUCACACUACACAGUGUUAUUAUCAGGUAGUUAUUAAACAGUAAUAAUGAAUUACUUAAGUACUUAUGCUGCAAUUAUUGUGUAAUUACAGACAACAGUAAUUAAAUGUGUAACAUGUAGCCUUCACUGUACAACUUAAUGCACAAUUAAACAUGUCAAGUAACGGCUCUCUGAGAGAAGAGAUGAACUUUUUUAGGUGUCACACAUGAAACUCCCAUGUGGCCUUUGUGCUUGAAGUCGGCAUGAGUCACGCAACUCCACUUGAAUAGUUUUUUUUUUCUUUAUUUUACACAUUAAAAGUGAGUCAAAGCGCCCUACCUCUUAAACACAGAGACGUCCAACCGCCCCAUUAAUUUCAGAGAAGCGCUGCGGGGCAGAAUCGCGCACAGGCGUCGCGCGCUCAGCACGACAUGCUCUCCGCCGGGACCACAGAAAGACACGCCAAAAAACCACUGAUCUCGGAACAGUGCUGUCAUUAACUGAGUGAUAUAUACAGGCGCAAACAUGCCUGCAUUCCGCUGUUGGGGAAAGCGAAGAAAAUAACGACGCACGGCUGAUCUGUCUUCAAUAUUCAUUUAUGUUCCACAUGAGGGAAGUUAAGAUUGGAGAAAGCAUUUGUGUAUUCGUAUUGCUUUUUUCCGGGCUUGUGACGUGCUCAGGUGUUUUUGGAAGCCCUUUGACAGAUGAUGUGGCAACCCUGGGGACUUUGAGUGAGAACAUUCCCAAUGAUUACAGGAUACCUCUCAAUUUCAUCUCCAAAGACGUGGUACGUGUGGAAAAUGGUGGAGCUUGCUGGCUACAUCUUAAUCUGUAUCCAGUUGAAAGCAGUUUAAAAACAUUAGCGUUCAAGUUUGGCAACCUAUCCACCAACAGAGCAAAUACCACCAUUUUUAUUACAAUGCUGCAGGGCUUUCGCUUUACCCUGGAUAAUGAGGAGCUGGAGGUAACAAUGCAAACAUUUAAGUGUCACUACAGACGAGUAAAGUGGCCAACUAAACGAUACUUUGCCCAUGUUAAAGAGGUUCUUACUGCAGCUGGAUCCAUGCUUGGCAAGAUUCAUCACUGCACUCCUCCACCUUGUCGGACCCCCGUAGCCCCUCCUUUCACACCUGGCAAACGCAAACAGCAGGAUGGCCUUAAUGGAGCAAUUCAGGGGCUCCUGACACUACUCAUCAUCCCCAGUAUGGUGGCUCUGGUUCUGAUCAUCAAAAUGGUAUUCAGAAGAAGCUGUUGCUCACAAAGAAGGCCUGAAAUGACAGAUCCCUCUGAAAAUGGCAGUUUACAUGAGCCUCAUGACGGAGCUGCAGAAAGCAGCCUUCGGCCCCAGAGUGGAGACUUGCACCUUUUGCUUGAGCCUCUCGACGCAGCUGCACGAGGAGACCCUGUCUCCAGCACCCACAUUCAGCAGGACAGGGUGUGGCCGGAUUCUUUAGGGUGUGCAGACACAGAAGUUUAAUCUUAAAAACGCACGAGGGAAUCAACAGAAAAGGCAGUAUUUUGGGCGAGAUGUCCGGGUUUAUGAAGCAGACAAUGAAGGGAAUAGAACAUUCACACUCAUGCCAAAGGGCAAAGACAGCGCUACAAAGAGACGUUUUUCUAGACUCAUUAAGCCGUACCUGUUCACCACAAAAACACUUAGUGGAAGUGAGAAACCACAACUUGCGCUGAACUUAACCAAUCAAUGAGAGUCAGCUGCUCCGGGAUGCCUAAGGAGUGGCCAUGGGAAAAUCUUUAUGAUGUCAUCCGACAGGAAGUGGGGUCCUUUGAUGAGCCCGUUGAGUGGAAGAGAGGCGGCUGCUGUUGUGCCCGCGGCGGGUCUUUGGCUUUGAGGAGGGCCGCUGGACCGACAGACCUUGGCGUGUGGAACAAAUGGCUUUUUUGUCGCAGAUCCCCAUUGCAUGAGGAUGCUGGUUUACGUUGCAUCAAAAACGUCCAUUGAACAGAGCACUUGCUUGUCUAGAAAUGCGUUUAAUUUAUAUCCCAAUGGAGGGGUAACCUUGGGCCUUAGAUGGUAUUGAGACAUGAUCUUCUUUAGAUGGUAGGAAUCUUACAUGGUUCGUAUAUAUUAGCACUAGGAUUUGGUAUGGUUCAAAACUCCCUUAUGUUUUAUUUUGAAUCCUGUUAUUGCCGUCUACUGUCUAACGCAGUGCUACCCAAUCCUUGUCCUCGAGGCCCCCCUCCCAGAACGUUUUAGAUGUCUCCUUAUUUAACACACUUGAUUUAACUCAUCAGAUUGUUAGGGAAACAUGUUUACCAUUUUUGAAAGAGGCUGAUAAUUUAAAUCAGGUGUUUUAAAUAAGGAGACAUCUAAAACUUUCAUGCAGGGGGGCUUCGAGGACCAGGAUUGGGAAGCACUGGUCUAACGUACAGUGUACGUGCCGAGUGAAGGAUCCAAAAGUCUGAUUAAAAUGACUAAUUUUAACUCGUGAAAACACAGCUAAAGUCAUUUUAUUCAUCCUACAAAAUGUAAAGAACAUUUUUUGAAAUAAAUAACCAUGAUAUUGAAAAGUCAAGUUUAAUGUGAAAUCAAUCAAACUUUGAUGCUCAUAAUCGCAUAAUACGAUUAUAAGACUUUAGCCUAGAUGUCACAGAUAAUGUCACAAUUUUUUUUAUAAAAUUUUUUUAAAAUGAAGCAACAUUAUGACGUGAAAUAAGAUAGAUAACAAAUAUAUGUGGUGAGUUAAGACAUAUGUGAAAUUCUUAACAAGUUAUCUAGGUCACAAAUCAAAUGUAAGCAAGUUUGUGACACUACCCAGGUUAACUUAUUUGUACUAAAGGGCAAAUUUCUUCCAGCACUAUGCUAAGAUGCUAUGUGAAACAUUCUCAAGUCAUGCUGGAAUAACAUGGCUCAUCAGGUUUUGAGUAAAUGUAAGGCCAUUCGAGUGCAUGUCAUGAAAACAAAUGCAUUCUUAAAGCAUAUAUUUCUCAUCCAUCUCUUUAUUAAAAUUGUUUGGUGAAAAUAUAAUAAUAAAAAAUAACAUUAGAAAAGUGGAAGUAUUACCGACAGUGGUAUUAGACUUUUGGACCCCACUGUACAGUAGAGUUAUGCUCUCUCAUAAACAAAGAUUUAGACUCAGGGAAUCAGACAUACUGUAUCUGAGAAUAGUCUGUAAUUAGGUCACUGGUCCAUGCGUGUUUCCAACCACAUUUAUUUCCUCAGUUUGACCGUGCACAUGGAUAAAAACAUGCUCACACACUCACAACAAGAGCGGAUUGUUUUCUCGAUAAUAGGGAGAGAUCCAGAGAGCAUGAGAAAGGAGCGUGCAUGAUAAAUAUGUUACACCAAAAUGACUCAUGGCCCAUAAUUUAAUUUUACAUAGUCUAGCAUCUCUCCAUAUGAUGUGUCUGUUGCUCUUCUCACUGUAGCUUAAUAAGAUUUGGGUCAUGACAUUAAGUCUAUUGGAUGGGCUAAGUAAACAUGUCAGAAUAGGAAUAACUUUAUCCUUUAAAUUUUUGGAUGAAGGCAUUGUUCAUCCAAAAAUGAAAUUUUGUCAUAAUUUAUUUACACUUAUUUUGGAAAAAAAAAACUUUACAUUUAAAACUAUCUUAGGCAAAUCAUUUCACAAUUCUAGUUGUAAAAUGAUACAUAAAUAAGACAAUUUGUUUGGACAGUUUUUGGUUUGUUGGCAUUAGUCAAGCAUGUCUAUAGUUUAUCUGAUUAAUAUGUGGACACUUGAAUUUAAGGGUUUUCUGUAAAUUGAAAUAAGGUUAAACAAUUUAGAUUGUAUGAACAAAUUAUGUUGGGUUGGCCGUGGUCACAAUAUUCUUGUGUUUUAUCAGUUUUGAUUCCCAUAGAAGAACGUCAUUCAAUUUGGUUUUUCAGAGAUUUGUGGGUUUUAUUCCAAUCCAACCCAAUCGACACCUCUCUGCCUCUUUUUAAAUGUUUUUGGGUCCCUUGCUCAGUGUUUCCAGCAAAUUCCCGUUGACACAGUCUGAGAGCAUCUUUCUCUUAUUGUUCCUGACUGGAUUCAGGUAGUGGCAGUGGAAAUCCUCUCUAUGUUAAUUUCUCUUUGUCUCGAUCAAUGCCUGCCCUGUCAACUGUUGUCGUAAAGCAUGACUGCCAACUCACAACCGCAUGAGGUCAGUAAUGUCAGCCUGGAUAUCAUCAACCGUACAGCUACCUUAACAAAGACCCCUCUCAUGCGGAAAGACAGCUCCUCUUUAUUAGUGAUAAAGAGUGUCGUCCAUCAUACUUCAGUCAAAGCCCACUCUUGACUAGCCAACGCACACACAGACACAUUCACACGCUAAAGCAUCGUCCCACUUGCUCCCUGUGUCAUUAACAUCAUCUCUUGACUCAUAAAGCAACUAACAUGAUGAGUAAUUAAACAUCUUCAAAAUCAGCAGAACCGCAAACAGAGACUUUUUCUAAAAUUGGAAGUCCAUGGCACGAAAGCAGAGGAUGACUAAUUGUUUGUUUGCACAUGUGGCACAAAAGCAUACACACUUUUCUUUGUUUAUUGUUGUUUAGUAAUAAUCCUAAAUGUAGAUAUGGCUUUUGGUUGCAUAUAACAUGUUUGUUUUUAAAUGUGUGGUCUAAGUUAAAAGCAGAAAAUAUUUCUUCUUUAUUUAAAAAGAGUAACAAAUGAUUCAUGUACAUAUUCAUUAAUAAAACUUACAGUGGCUCUAUAAAAUAUUUUAUUACAGUUGAAUAUUUUAUUACAAUUGUAUAAGUACUAUUGCAUUAUGUAAUGAAAUAUGACAUAAGCACAUUUUUCCUGCAAAACAAAACAGCAAAUAUGUGACUCCUUCUGUAUGUGA